UGAAUGGAUGGCCACUUCUAGAAAAAAAGACAAAUAAAUCUCCUAAAUAUAGGAAAGAGCAUGAAACUAAUAUGAAAAAUCAAAGGUAAAUUACAUCCUCAUAUUUUUUGUAACAUCCAGUUAUUCUCCAUUGCCAUUUCCAAAUAUCCUAAUAUGCCAUCAAGGCCAGAAAGAAAAAGAGGUGGUGGUGGUGGUGGUGGUGGCCCGGUGAGGUGGCGGCCGUACAUUGAUGAUCAUGGAAGGCGCACGCAAGGUGAUGGUGGUGGCGGACCCCACACGCGAGUCCGCGGGUGCCCUCCAGUACGCCCUCUCGCACGCAAUCGUCGACAACGACACCUUGGUUCUUCUCCACGUCGAGAAUCCCAAUGCAUGGAGGAAUCCCUUUGGCGCGUUAUUUAGAAAGCAGCCGAGCACCGGUGCCGGUGGUGCCGCCGCGUCCAAUUCCUUGCCUCCGGCUUCGGCGGAGGGUGGCGGAGGAGGGGUGGAGGUGGAUUUUCUGGAUGCGAUGAAGCAAGCGUGCGGGGCGGCACAACCGAAGCUGAAGGUGUCGGUGGUGGUGGCGAGGGCGGAGAUGGCCGACGGAAAGGAUAAGGCUUCGGUGAUUCUUGGGCAAAGCGCAGCGCUUAAGAUUGAUCUUCUUAUUGUUGGACACAAGAGAAGUCUUUCCAAUGCAAUUUUAGGGUGAGUUUACUAUU